CAAAGUCCAAUCCAUUUCUCCAUUUCUUGUCCAAACGGUCAGUCAUCGUCAAACCCACCAACGUUUCGGCGUUUCCGAUAAUGGACAAUUACUCUCCUUCCUCUUCCUCCACCUCCUCCUCCACUGCUCAUCCUACUUCCAACGCCACCACCUCCUCAAACACCACCACUACCACUACCACUACCGACCCAAUGCAGUCCUGGUGGGAAGCCAUUUCCAAAGCUCGUGCUCGGAUCCUCUCUCUUUCUUCCCUCCUCCCUUCCGAUCCUUCGUCUUCUUUCUCUCUUUCUUCUCUCGCCGACUCCGACCGCCCAGCAAUUUCUUUCCUUUCCUCUGCAGACGCGUAUUCUCUCUUCUCUUCUGCUCUCUAUUCUCCUUCCUCUGGUUCUGGUUCUGAUCCUCUGUGCGAAUGGCUUUACGAAACCUACCUCUCCUCUGAUCCUCAGCUCCGCCUAAUUGUUCUUUCUUUUAUUCCUCUUCUGUUAGGAUUAUAUCUCUCUCGGAUCCACUCAUCGGAUUCUACUUCCGCUCCUUCUCUUGCAGGUUUCGAGGCUGUUCUUCUCGCCAUUUACUCUUCCGAGGUGAAAUCACGGGCUGGAAAACCGGUUCUCAUCCAGAUUCCUGAUCUUUCACAGCCGUCGCUUUACCAUAUACCUCAAAACAAACAGAAUCCACAUGGACUUGAUCAUUCUCGGCCGUCUAUUGGGGUUUUGUCGCAGCCUCUAGAACCACAUAGUGCGGUGAAGUCUACAAAGCGGCCGGUUAUUGUUGGUGUUGUACUUGAUUGUUAUUUCAAGCAGAUCUCGCAAAUGCCGAGUUGGUCUAAGGUAGAAUUGUGUAAAUAUGCAAGUGAGUGGGCUGGACAAGAUUGUGCUUGUAAAAAUAGAUUUGAUGGUGACACAGAAAUUAAAAUUGAAAAUGGAAAUGAAAAUGGGUAUUUCUUGGAGGAUAUGAAUAGGAACUUUAGGGAUGAUUAUAAUAAUCAUAAUGGUCAUGGGCAUGAGAGUGAUGAUGUUGUAGUGGAAAUGGAGAAGUUGAGAUUGGAAAAAAAUGGCAAAGAGGAUUUAGAGACAAAAGGGGUGAGGAUUCCUUUACCUUUGGAGAUUUUGCAGCCAUUGUUGAGAAUUUUGGGACAUUGUUUAUUGGGGCCGUUGAAUUCACAAGAUGUUAAGGAUGCAGCUUCUGUAGCAGUUAGACGUUUGUAUGCAAGGGGGUCUCAUGAUUUGGCUCCACAAGCAAUACUAGCCACACGAAGUCUUAUUAAGCUUGAUAAGAGAGGCCGGGAGGAAGUAAAGGCUGCUGCUGCCAAUGCUUCUUCCAAUGCUAACACCCCCAGUAAAGCCAAGAAACCGGAAAUUCUUUUGGUUUCAAAGUGAGGGAUUUUGCAGACAGGGACAGGGAUUUGCUUUGGAGGUAAUGGAUAUUCUUUGGCCAAUCUUUAUUAGUUGUAAGUUUGUGCUGUAUCAAAUGUGCAAUUGAAUGCCCAUAUUAAUGCAUGCUUGCCUAUACUUGUACUCCAGUUAUUGUUAUGUUAGCCUUUGGAAUUUAUUGGGUAUUCUUAUUUAUAGGAUUUGAUUGUUCUUUUGAGCUAGUACUAGACUAUAUAAUGAGAGCUACACAUUGUUAUUUGAACAUAAUCGUCUUUCAUUUUAUGAUCGUAGGAUUGUUUUACUAAAUGUAAAUUUAUGUUGCUGGCAUUCCAUUGGAA